CUUACCCCUUCUCUUUUUUUUAUUAUUAUUAUUAUUUCAAUUCUUUGAAUAUCUAUUUCAAACUUCUUAUUUUAUUACCAAUUAUGACUGCUAACAUGAACUUUGGACCUGAAUGGAUGCGUGGUGGAGCUUUACCUCAACGAUCCAAUACCAUCGACUCACAAUCGACUCAAUCGACGUUAUCACCUACUCUCACUUCCAGUUUGUCUUCUAGUAAAGACAAUGAUCUUGUAUCAUCUACUUCUCAAGACAAUCCUUUCAAGUAUUCCAAAGAGUUUAUGCUUAGUCUUUAUCGUCCAAUGGAUCCUCCUUCUCAUUUUGAGAAGCUUCCUUAUGUUGCUGUAGACGAAUCCAUUGGUCCUCUUGCUUUUGUUGAUCUGACAGACGAAGAAAAAAAGUUGUUAUCUGGACCUGUCCAUUCAGAAGGUGGUCGCCGUGUACUGACAAACAAUGAAAAAGGUAGUGGUCAAAGAUAUCACCGUGGAAAUGACCAUCACUCUACUGAAAAUGGUUCCAAUCGCUCAAUUAAUCGCUCCAAAGGUGGACACAAUGCAGAACAUCGACGAGACACAACAAUGGAAUUCGAAGGAUCAAAGACAUCAGAUGGUGGUAGUCAAAAUGAUGUCAACAACAAUGGUAAUUCCUGGGGUAAUGGACGUGAUACCAUUGGUUCGUGGGAAACUCGGAAAACUGCUAGUGGUUUGGACAAGGCCUGGUCCAAUCGAUCCGGUGACAAUGAAAGAGCUUCUCAUGGAUGGAGUCAACCAGUUGGCAAUGGUACUGGCGAUUUGACAACUUCUGAUUUCAAGUCUGAUGGUGGUAGUAAUGAUUUUCAAUCGCACACUUUGGACUCGGUGGCAGCUAAUUCUUCUUCUUCUUCUGAAUCUCCUUUAUCAGAAAAGCAUCCUAGUCAAUACAAAUGGUUUUAUCGUGAUCCUUCAAGUAAUGUCCAAGGUCCAUUUGAUGCUCAAGAAAUGCAAGAUUGGUACAAGGCUGGUUUCUUUGGUCCUACACUUUGGAUUCGACGUGAAGAUCAAGAACAGUUUGAACCCUUGGCAGCUUUGAUUCUCAAGGUCGGCAGUGAAGAUAUAUUUAUGAGCCCAAUUCCAACAAAGCCUGAAUUGACUGAUUCUUUGUCUGGUAUGACAUCUUCCCGUUCAAUGGUUGAUCCUUUUGGUCGAAUGGGUGGUCCUUUAUUUGGUUCUGGUGCUACUGGUAGUAAUAAUGGUAGUGGUGUUAUGUCUCCUAGUUUGGAUUCACCAUCGGCUUUCUUUGCUAAUCAUCCAUCAGCUGAUAUCCUAUCUCAAGGUGGUAUCAAAUAUAGUCCUUUUGGAAAUACUUUGAAUCAAGGUAAUGGCUCUAAUACUGGUACUCCUUCUUUGCCUUUGGCCAAUCCUUUUGGAACUAAUGAAAAUAAUGUUUUUGGAAGUUCUUUACUUGGCCGUGAACCUGGUUCACCUUGGGGUGAACAACGACCUUCUACACCUUCUUGGAUGAAUAAUACCCAAUCUGACUUGUUUGGUACAACUUUCCAACGUCAACAACAGCAACAACAACAGCAACAACAACAACAACAACAUAUGCAAUAUCAGCAACAACCACAACAUAUACAGCCAAUGAUGAAUCCUUUAUUUGGUAUGCGUGGCUUUGGUGGUGAAACUAUGGAUCCUCAACAACAAUUCAUGCAACUCUUACAGCAACGUCAACAACAAUCCAUGAUAAAGCAACCAUUCCAACAACAACAACAACAACAACCUCCUAUUCCUGAUCAACAUAUCCAACAACAAGGAUUCGGACAAAGUCAAGUCUUGGAACAGCUCAGUAAUCAUGCUUCACCUGUUAUUCGACCAGCCGGUUUAAGUGGAUGGGGAUCAAGUCCUAGUACUCCUCUGGCUAUGGACACACCAUCCAGUCCUUGGGGUUCCAUUGUCUCACCUGCUAUUCCUCACAAAGUUUCUGAAGAACUUCAAUCCAAGGCACCUGGACAACAGUCACCUCGUACACAACUAUCUCCUCAAAUACAGUCCGCCAGUCUCCCUACUAAUACUGUCAAGUCUCCUAUUGUCAAUACCGUGGAAACAUCAAAUACAACUCAUAUCGAGACUUCUGGUCAACCUCAACAAGAAACCGAUAAAAAGAAACAAGCUAAUCGUCCCGUGGAAGAGAUACUUACUUCCUCAUUGAAUAAAAUUAGUUUACAAGCUAUUCAACAAGAACAAGAUGAAGAACGCAAGCGACAAGAAGAAUUACGACAACGUCAAAGGGAACAAGAAGCUGCUCUGGCCAAACGAAAAGCAGAAGCUGAAGCACGAAAAGCCCAACAUUUCGCUCAACAAGAAACUAUCGCAGCAUCCACUGUCAAGACUGGACCAGUUAUGCCUCAAAUACCUGCAGUGAAACCCGUAUCAUUGCGUGAUAUCCAAGCCGAAGAAAUGAAGAAACAGCAAGAAGUUAAAAAGCAAGCCAAAGCGAACAACAAGUUGAUGAUGGCCGCUACUCUCCAACAAAAGGCUACUAGUGGUAUGAACAAAUCUGGUUGGAUUGGUAGUGCGUCUGGUUGGGGAAAUGAAUCUUACAAAGGACCUUCUUUACGUGAAAUUCAAGAAUUGGAAGCCAAAGAAGCUAGUUUGAAAAAGGAAAUGUCACAACAACAACAACAACAACAACAGCAAGUUUACUCUUCAUCGUCUACUUCGUCUGCUACAACAUUAUCAUGGGGUGUGGUGGCUCCUUCCAACAAAGCGGCAACUGUAUCAAACACAGCCUCAUCGUCAUCAUCAUCACUUGCAUGGGGUAAUGCUUCAGCUCCUAAGAAAACAUUACGUGAAAUUCAACAAGAAGAAGAAGUGGCCAUGCAAAAGAAGGUCUUGAAACAACAACAACAACAACAACAACAAUCCUUGGGUGUCAAAUCUGGUUAUUCCACUAUUGCAAGUGCUACUCCUAAUACUAGUACUGAUGAUGCAUCAUGGACAACUGUACAAGCAAAACCAAAACAAGUUCCUGGAGCAACAUCAACUACUUCUAUUAAUUCUCGUACAAAUAGUAAUAGCGUCAAUGGAUGGGAUGUGGUAGGUGCUCCUAAAAAGCCAGUAGUCUUGAAUCAAGCUUCUUCUGUGGCUUCUCGUCCUGCUGUGGUGGCAGCUCAACAACAACGCAAAGCCAAUGAUACCAAGGCUCCCAGUGAAAACUUUAAAUUAUGGUGCAAGCAAUCUCUUCGUGAUCUUAGUCCUGGUGUGAAUGCUGAUGAAAUCCUUAAGAUGCUUCUCUCCUUCCCUGUGGAUAAUAGUGUCAAUGAAAUUAUCCAAGAUAUUAUUUAUGCUAAUUCUACUUCUAUGGAUGGAAGACGAUUUGCAACUGAAUUUAUGAAACGACGACGCGCUGAUUUGGCAAAUAACACAUCAUCAAUGGUUUCAGCAACCUCCAAUGCGACAUCUUCUGGUUUUGAAGAUGAUAGUUUCCAAGUAGUCAGCAAGAAAGGGAAGAAAGCCAAGGCCAUGUAGUUUUAUUCAAUGUAGCUUAUUCAACCAUUAUAUAUUAAUGAAAUAGAUAUUGUAUUAUUUAGCCUUAAUGAUGAUGAUGAUGAUUUUUUUUUUUUAGUGAAAUAAAAAGAAAAUAAAGUUUUUGUUUCUAUGCAC